AUGGAGAAAGUAAAGAUGCCAAGCUGCAAAUACAGCGGAACCACAACACCCAAAAGCCACAUAUCAGCUUUUGAGAACCAUAUGGAACUUUACACUAUGACAGACUCAGUCUGGUGUAAAUCUUUCCCGCCGACCCUGGAGGGGUUGGCAGCAGAGUGGUAUGGAGCCAUUCCCAAAUGUUCCGUAUACUCGUACAACCAGUUGAAGAGAAUGUUCAUGGAGUAUUUCAUAACCCUGGUAGACCAAACCAAGAUGACAACCGAGCUGAUGUCGUUGGUUCAAGGGAAAGACGAGCCCCUGAGGGAGUUCAUCACCAGAUUCAACAAGGAGGCAACAACCAUCCCAAAUAUGAGCCAGGAGGUAGCGCUACUAGCAAUGCAGAGUGGCUUACUACCAGGAUCACCGCUUAGAGCGUAUAUGGGGCGUAAGAGCCUGAAAACACUUGCUGAAGCGCUGGGCAAAGCGCACGAGUUCAUCAAGGCAGACGAGACCGACAGAGCAAUGCUGGGUAGGAAAGCACCUGGUGACUCAGUUAAGCGGACAGAGGUCACCCGGGCAGAGAACACACCCAGGGGGGACCAGCCGAGCAGGGAUGAGCAAAAUCGCAGAGAAGCUAACAGAGCAGUAGGACUGAGAAGGUCAGACCCAAAGAGAGGGCUAAGGCCUGGGAGGUUUGACCAAUAUACCCCAUUAACCCAUUCCAGAUCUCAUAUAUUCAGCGUGAACAAAGCUGAUGGCAAGUGGCAAAGACCCCCGAGGAUGGUUAACAGAAAUUGUGAUACCAGUAAGUGGUGUGACUUCCAUAGAGACCAUGGUCACACCACUGAAGAAUGCACGCAUUUGAAAGACAACAUAGAAGACUUGGUCUGGAGAGGGUAUUUGAAUCAGUUUAAGCAGCGCGAUGACCCUCCCAGAAGGAGGGAUGAAGAUAGAGCAGGCCGCCCUGACCGCAGAGGAGGUCAGAGGGCCCAUUCGGAGACAGAGACGUAG